AGAGAGAGAGAGAGAGAGAGAGAGAGCAUAGCACGCUGAUCCUCAGCCUUGGAAGACACUGAGGCUGCCUUUGAGUCGUAGCUGACAUUGGGGGGGAGAAAGCGGAGGGACAGAGGCGAGAAGACUGCGACUGAGUCCGCUACUGCCACCCACCUAGCUCGCACACACACGCACACACACACAGACACACACAUACACACCCAGACACACAUACACACACACACACACGUUGUGCGCACGCGCACAAAUUCACACAAGCAGCCACAGGCGCGUGCUCAAGAGGCAGAGGCAAGAUUCAGGACCAUGAAGACCCGACUGGGCUGCCUGUCCAACAAGUCUGACUCAUACAGCGACUUCUCCGAGUUCCUGCCGCCUGCCGAUGUAACAGCUGCCAGGUGUCUGAAAAUUUCAACGGCUGAGGUGGUCCAGUGGUCAGAAUCAUUUGACCAACUUCUUUCUCACAAAUACGGCUUCUCUGCCUUCCGGGCCUUUCUGAAGACGGAGUUCAGCGAUGAGAACAUUGAAUUCUGGAUGGCGUGCGAGGACUACAAGAAAAACAAGAGUUCAACCAAGUUGGUGUCCAAAGCAAACAAGAUCUAUAUGGAAUUCAUUGAUGUCCAGGCCCCCAGAGAGGUGAACAUUGACUACGGCACCAGGGAGAGGACUAGACAGAGCCUAGAAGACCCGUCCCCCAGCAGUCUGAACGAGGUCCAGGCCAAGGUCUACGGCCUCAUGGAGAAAGACUCAUACCCACGCUUCCUCAGGUCUUCAAUGUACCAGGACAUUGUCAACAGGACUCACGCGCACAACCAACGGAGAUCGGUCUGACCAAGGCCUACACACACCAGCAUGGACAAACCAAAAGUAAUACCAGUGGACCAAGUACAGCACCUCUAAAUAUAUAUGUGUGUUUAUGUGUGUAUGUGGUUUUUUCACCUUAAAGACUACAUCUUCAAUUUUCUGAACUUACUGUGAAUUUUGGAUAGAACGGGUUAAAGAGAGUGAGAGGAAAUUGAUUGAUUAAAAUGUGUUGGUUGGCUGCACUAAUAGGAACGUAACAACACUAGAGAUAUAGUAUUAUUAUUCACAUUCACACAAAAGAGAGUCAAAGGAUAAUAUCCACAUUCUUGAAAGAACAAUAGUAUUUGAGGUAACUGAGAUAAUAAAAUGGCUUAUCGUAUUUGUCUUAUCUUAUGCUCAUAGAUAGUUAUGAUCAGUGUUGAACGUAAUGAACACGCUAAAAGAGCGGCGUUCAUUGAACACGCUUAUAUAUUUGGUGAACGGUGAACUGAGCGUACCCGUUUGUGGCUAGUGAGCGUCGUUCA